CCACGUAGGUAUAUUCUACCUGUUCAAGUCUUCAGGUCUCAUAGGCUAGAUACAAACCUCUCUGGACGCUGUCAACUAGGCUUUACCGAAAUCUUAACUACUAUGCAGACCUCACCUGCCAAGUUCGCCGUCGCGGCCUGUAUGUGCUUGGCUGUUGGAGCUUUGGCAGAUGCAGCCAGGAAGCCCCAGAUCCAGACACUGCCCAGCCUGCGAGAGCAAGCCCGGAUUGUUGACGCUUGGACCGAGGAGCGGAAAGCACUUAUACCCGGUAUACUUCAGAAAUACGGCAUCGAUGCGUGGCUGGUGAGUCUAGCGAUCAGUCAACGCGAAUACGCCGAGGAUACGGUCUUUUGGGCUUUAAAGGAUUACGAGCAAUUCUCUGCCAGGCGCCGUACCACUCAGCUUUUCCUCGCCAACGCUACGGGCGACACGGCAUCGUCAUAUCAAUGGAUCGAUAACACCCCUCUGGUUUGGUCUGAGCUCAAGGAUGUCCUAGCUGACCAGCAGCCACGCACUAUCGCGCUGAACACGCACAGAGAGCUGGCCUUCAGUAGCGGUCUACACGCCGGUGAAUUGGCGGCCAUUGAGGCUGCCAUAGGAGCGGAGUGGACCAACCGUUUCGUGCUCGAGCCAAUGAUUGCUGUGGAGGUUGUCGCAACCAUGGUGAAUAGCCGACUCAGUUGGUAUCAGAAGUUGAUGGAAACAGCAUGGGCAAUCAUCGAGGAGGCUUUCAGCAGCAAGCAAAUCAUUCCUGGCGAAACGACAACAUUGGACCUGGAAUGGUGGAUGAGAGAGAGGAUUCAAUCCCUCAAUUAUACGACUUGGUUCCAGCCAAGCGUUUACAUCCUAACCGAAGACGAUUGCAGCAUGUGUGCUACGUCAAACAACGCCAUGUUUCCCGGCGACAGAGACCACGUCAUUGAGUAUGGUGAUAUUAUCCAUACUGAUUUUGGCGUGUCUGCCUUGGGCCUCAAUACUGACACGCAGCACAUGGGCUACGUUUUGCGGACAGGUGAGACGGAGAGAGACAUUCCUGACAGUGUCCUCGAGGGCUUGCGGAAAGCGAAUCGACUACAGGACAUAACAAAGGCUCAAAUGCGAAUUGGUGCUACAGGAAACGAGAUUCUGAGGAACAUCCAUAAACAGAUGGACAAGGAAAACAUCCAAGGCAAGAUCUACUGCCAUGCCACUGGAGAAUUUGGCCAUAGCGCCGGAACUGUGAUUGGAAUGACCAACCUGCAAGACGGGGUUCCAGGUCUUGGAGAUCUUCCCCUGCUGAGAAACACGUACUACAGCAUUGAGCUUCUCGCCCAACACUACGUUCCGGAGAAAAAUAUGACGAUCAACUUCCCGUUGGAGGAGGACGUAUACUGGCGGGAAGAAACUCAAAGCUGGGAAUGGGUAUACGGCCGGCAGUCCGAGUACCUCGUUAUUAACACCUCCCACAUACCCGCAAGCCAGCCACUCGAGCUCUAAUAUUUUUAAGAAAAUAAAUAUUCUCAACACCGUAUGAAGGCGCCAUGUAUGUCCUCGGACGUAUACGGAAUAGAAGCG